AUGUCGUCCACCGACUUUAUCUGCGCCAAGUGGACGCCGGACAGCACCGAUUGUAAAAAAGGCCCCCAAUACAGCUGCAAAAACUGCCUCCUUCUAUCGUACUGUUGUCCGGCCUGUCAAAAGUCACACUGGCCAACGCACAAGACUGAUUGCAGGUCGCUCUUGGGUAAGCCAACAUGGAAGCAGUAUUGGUUUUGGAGAACCGAAUCCCGGCCUUUAUCGAAGGUGACCCGCCAGUUGUGCAGGGGAAGAAGAAGGGCCUCUGGAGCAGCAUUCCGGCAUUCGACAUUCUCCAAAUUUGCUUCCAGCGACGGAGAGAAUUUCGCGGGGCCGAUAAGGCUCUUGUUUGCUGUAUCCGGAGACCUUGGGGACGUUGUCAAGACCAUCGCGCAGCUCCCAACCUUCUACUCCGGCUCCGUUGAAAUCACCAACGUCGACGAGGCGAUCGAGUGCAUUGUUCAUCUCUGGUACUCGGCUCUCAUUCGCAAGUCCGACCUUGACAUUCUCCAGCAGCGGUUUCUCGACCUGGGUCGGCUCUUGUCCUUCAUGGAAGUUCUAGCAGGCCUCCUAGCCAAAAGAGCAAAGGAAAUUCGUACGGUCGUCACCCUUGCUGACUCGAGGAAGGACUACCGUAAUGGACUCCUUCUCUUCCAAACCCCUGCCCCUUGCAUCGCGAAGAAACGCUUCAGGGAAGACGGCCUCCUGCUCCCGUUUGGGCACACACGCCAUGACUUCAAGGAGCCCAACCCUGAAUGGUCUCUGAAGGGUGUUGUAGCCAGUUCGAGUGGGGCCGCAACCGCUGGUAUCUACGGCAAACUGUUCUACCACUUGCACAUAGUGCUCCGGGCUUCUCUGGUUCGUUUGUCCGGCAUGCAGGUCGCCUUUCUACAAUUCCAGAUGGAAGUCUCCGAUGACUGUAUGGAGACGACUCGCGAGGGUCAAAUGGCCGACAUGAACCCGGAUAGCCUAACGAGGAAAUGGCUGCUCUUCUACCUCCCGACUGCGGCAAAGCAAACUGGCAAAAAGGAUCCGGUACUCAUCAAGUUGACCUAUGCUCGGGAUAUUGUAGCGAACCAUGAUCACGUCUUUGAUCGAUUCGCGAAGUUGUUCAAAUUAUCCGAGACAGCGCAGUGCUUCGGCGCGACAGAGAAGGAGAAGCAUACUGUCAUUGAGAAUUGGCCGCUCAGAGUGAAGCUCCGACCCGGUCAGCCCGGGUCGCAAGUAGAGUUAGAUCGAGUGCUGGAUUCAGGAGUGUCGACCAAGGAGCGCUAUGUUGAGUGGAAGAGAACUGCUAAGACGACGAGAGUGACAAAUAGCCUCAAUAGCGGUGGUCGUCAUAAGCACAACGUAAAGUGA